AUGGAAUUCGGUCCCGAUGUAUUGCGAGAGACGGAGGAGAAAGUCCACCUGGCUCGCAAGAGAUUGCUCACAGCGCAGUCUCGACAGAAGAGCUAUUCAGAUAAGCGCCGUAGAGAUAUGGAGUUCGCGGUGGGUGACCGCGUGUUCUUGAAAGUUUCGCCAAUGAGAGGCGUGAAGAGAUUUGGGGUGCGAGGGAAAUUGAGUCCUCGUUAUAUUGGCCCAUACGAAGUCUUGGAGCGGAUUGGGACGGUGGCUUACCGACUUGCAUUGCCACCUAAGCUUGCGGAACUGCAAGAAGAUAUGAGUUACGAGGAGUUUCCGGUGAUGAUUUUGGCUCAGGAGGUGCGUAAGUUGAGGAAUCGAGAAAUUCCCUAUGUUAAAGUUCAGUAG